UGUGUGUCGGAUGCGUUCCGGUGACAUUGCUGAGGAGGAGGAAGAGGGGGUGUGUUGGUGUUACCAAACGUGUUGAUUUUGUGUCAGGGAGCCGCGGUGAAGUGGUGAAGUGGUGAAGUGGAAGCCCCGCUCCUCGGCCUCUUCCCCCGGACCCAGCGGAGUCAUGUACCGGCGGCCGCUGCUGCUUUUCGCCGCCAGGAGCGUCUCUAAUGCGGCCACGUCCCGAGCCGCCUGCGGGAAGGCGUUGCAUCAAGAAGCUGGAGUCAGAGCUCUAGCAGCCUGCCAACGGGCCAGAGUUUCCUCUCCCUGUCUCACAACACGCCGCAAUCUACAAACCACCACACAGCUCUGUAAUGUGAAGGAGACGUCCCAGCACAUGGAGGUGGAGGUGGGAGCCUUCACUAAGCUCAUAGAGGCCAUGGGCUUCACAGGAUCGCUCAAGUACAACAAAUGGAAAAUCAAGCUUGCUGCCUUGCGCAUGUACACAAGCUGCGUAGAGAGAAUCAACUACGACGAGUUCUUUGAAAAGUGCUCCCUCCCUGACACUCUAAACUCCUGGUUCGUGGUCACACAGCUGCACGUCUGGAUGUGUUUGGUCCGAAUGCGUCAGGAGGGCCGAGAGGGGAAGUACAUGUGCCAGUACCUUGUCCACUCCAUGUGGGAGGACAUAGAUCAGAGGAACAAAAUCCUUGGGAUCAGCGCUGUCCAGAGAAAGGAGGCGACCAAAGUGAUGACUGAGACCUUCUACGCAGCCAUAUUUGGAUACGACGAGGGAAUCCUGUCCGACGACGCUGUCCUGGCUGCAGCUCUGUGGAGGAACCUGUUCAGCUGUCAGUGUGAGGACCCCAGACAGCUGGAGCUGAUGGUGGAGUACGUACGCAAACAGAUGCAGUUCAUCGAUGCUCUGGACGCCGACGACCUGCUGCUGACUGGAGAGGUCAGGUGGCGCCCCCUGGUGGAGGAGAACGCUCAGAGCAUCCUGAAGGUGGCCAGACCUACGUACAACGACGCUGGACUGUGAGGGACGCUCCUCCUCCUCCUGCUCCUCCUCCUCCUGUUCCUCCUGCUCCUCCUCUCCUUCCAUCAUAUCGGAUUAUAAAAACCAGCUCUGUUACUGUAGCACUUCUUUUCUCCUCACGUUUCCCCAAAACACUUCUUCCUCCUCCUCUUCCUCUAAAAUCAGGGACUUCCAUCGUCGUCCUGUCGGGUUUGAGAGCGUCUUCAGAUCUCUGUAUUUAUAUGGUCUCAUGUGUUGUUGUUGUUGUUGUUUUCCAUGAACACCACUCUGUAUUUAUGAAGGCUUUUGUAUACCUCCUGUUCCUCCGCUGUGUGUGAAUAAAGCUUGGCUCUGAUUGGC